AAAAGGAUGUAGGUAAGAAAAGUCCACUUCUUGAGAACUGUUUAACUCAUUAAGUGGAGACUUUGAGAAAAAUAGUUAUUAAACACGUCAUGAGUGAAAAACCCCUUCAUUCGGAUCCUGUGUUUGAUCAUGUAGGUCACAGAGCCCGGGGCAGGGGAGGGCUCUGGUGUCACAGGUGUAGCAGUCUGACGCAGCGAGUGUGCUGUGUGGGAUUUCCUGUCUGCCUCAGCUGUAAUUAACCUAGUGCGUAAUAGACCGUGGCCCAGCGUGAUCACGUAUCACUGGUGUGUUGGCCACACAACUGAGUGUACAUCCAUAGAGCUGAACAGCCUGAGCACUGUGUUCUCGGUUCAUGCCUUGAGGUUUACGUUUUUUUAAUAUAAGAUGGAGACCGAAAGUGAGAGUGGCACUUCAGGAGAUGACAGUGUCUUUUGGUUGGAUUCGGAAGUCGUAAGCCAGGAGACUGACAGUGAAGAGGGAGAAAGAGAAGGACCUUUCAGGAAGAUGAAGUCCUCGGUACAUUCUGAAGAGGAUGAUUUUGUUCCAGAACUACACAGAAACAUUCACCCUCGAGAGCGGCCUGAUUGGGAAGAAACACUUAGUGCAAUGGCAAGAGGAGCAGACGUUCCAGAAAUUCCUGGAGACCUCAGUCUUAAGACAUGUAGCAGUACAGCCAGUAUGAAGGUUAAACAUGUGAAAAAACCCACCAAUCCAGGACUGAUGGGCUGUGACAACAUUCACAGGUUACCCUUCACUAAAGGUCACUUUCCGAAGAUGGCUGAAUGUGCACAUUUCCAUUAUGAGAACGUUGAGUUUGGCAGCAUACAGCUUUCACUUUCAGAAGAACAGAAUGAAGUAACAAAAAAUGGCUGUGAAUCUAAAGAGCUGGUCUACCUCGUGCACAUUGCUUGUCAGGGCAAAAGUUGGAUUGUUAAAAGAAGUUAUGAAGAUUUUCGGGUACUUGAUAAACAUCUUCAUUUAUGUAUAUAUGAUCGUCGAUUCUCCCAGCUCUCAGAGCUUCCCCGGUCUGAUGCCCUGAAGGACAGCCCAGAGUCGGUCUCUCAGAUGCUUAUGGCUUACCUGUCCCGCCUUUCAGCUAUUGCUGGCAACAAGAUCAAUUGUGGACCUGCCCUUACUUGGAUGGAGAUUGAUAAUAAGGGAAAUCAUCUGCUAGUUCAUGAAGAAUCAUCCAUUAACACGCCUGCUGUUGGUGCUGCCCAUGUUAUCAAGAGGUACACGGCUCGGGCCCCCGAUGAACUAACCUUAGAGGUGGGAGACAUUGUUUCUGUUAUUGACAUGCCCCCUAAAGUGUUAAGCACGUGGUGGAGAGGCAAGCAUGGAUUUCAGGUGGGACUCUUCCCUGGACACUGUGUUGAGUUAAUCAAUCAGAAAGUCCCCCAGUCAGUGACCAACUCAGUGCCAAAACCAGUAUCUAAAAAGCACGGCAAGCUCAUUACUUUCUUACGCACAUUCAUGAAGUCUCGUCCAACAAAACAGAAGUUGAAGCAGCGUGGGAUCUUGAAAGAAAGGGUGUUUGGUUGUGACCUGGGAGAACAUCUUCUGAAUUCCGGUUUUGAAGUCCCCCAGGUUCUUCAAAGCUGUACAGCAUUCAUUGAGAGAUAUGGGAUCGUGGAUGGAAUAUAUCGUCUCUCUGGCGUUGCCUCCAAUAUCCAGAGAUUACGCCAUGAAUUUGACUCGGAACAUGUUCCCGACCUGACAAAAGAACCCUAUGUUCAAGACAUCCAUUCUGUGGGCUCCCUGUGUAAGCUGUAUUUCCGAGAGCUCCCAAACCCUUUGCUCACUUACCAGCUUUAUGAGAAAUUUUCUGAUGCUGUUUCAGCAGCAACAGAUGAAGAAAGGCUGAUAAAAAUUCAUGAUGUCAUCCAGCAGCUGCCCCCUCCGCACUACAGAACACUGGAGUUCCUAAUGAGACACUUGUCUCUUCUAGCUGACUAUUGUUCCAUCACAAAUAUGCAUGCCAAAAACCUAGCAAUUGUUUGGGCUCCAAACCUGCUAAGAUCAAAACAAAUAGAAUCUGCCUGCUUCAGUGGAACAGCAGCUUUCAUGGAAGUGAGAAUUCAGUCUGUGGUUGUUGAGUUCAUUCUCAAUCAUGUUGACGUGCUCUUCAGUGGGAAAAUCAGUGCUGUCAUUCAGGAGGGGGCAGCUUCUCUUUCAAGACCCAAGUCCUUGCUGGUUUCGUCUCCAUCCACCAAGCUGCUGACUCUGGAGGAAGCCCAGGCGCGAACUCAAGCUCAGGUCAAUUCUCCAAUUGUAACUGAAAAUAAAUAUAUCGAAGUAGGAGAAGGACCUGCUGCACUUCAGGGAAAAUUUCAUACCAUAAUUGAGUUCCCACUUGAAAGGAGGAGGCCUCAAAAUAAAAUGAAAAAAUCUCCUGUGGGCAGCUGGCGUUCCUUCUUCAACUUGGGAAAAUCCUCAUCUGUUUCGAAGCGGAAGCUGCAGCGUAAUGAGAGUGAGCCCUCAGAGAUGAAAGCCAUGGCCCUGAAAGGUGGCAGGGCAGAGGGGACCCUCCGUUCAGCUAAAAGUGAAGAAUCUCUUACUUCUCUCCAUGCAGUCGAUGGUGAUUCCAAGCUGUUCCGACCCAGAAGACCCAGAUCGAGCAGUGAUGCCCUGAGUGCUUCUUUUAAUGGAGAAAUGCUGGGGAACCGCUGUAAUUCCUAUGAUAACUUGCCCCAUGACAACGAAAGUGAGGAGGAUGUAGGGCUGCUGCAUAUCCCAGCUCUCGUGUCUCCUCAUUCAGCGGAGGAGGUUGAUCUGAGCCCACCAGACAUUGGAGUAGCCAGCCUAGAUUUUGAUCCAAUGUCAUUUCAAUGCAGUCCUCCUAAGGCCGAAUCGGAAUGUAUGGAGAGCGGGACUUCCUUUUUAGAUUCAUUAGGAUACUCCAAGGAUAAACAGAGUACCAAUAAAAAGGAUACAGAAGCGGGUGGUAGCCAGUCUCAGACUCCCGGAAGCACUGCAAGUUCUGAACCCGUCUCCCCUCUUCAGGAGAAACUGAGUCCAUUCUUCACCCUGGACUUGAGCCCGACUGAAGAGAAAUCAUCUAAGCCAUCCUCAUUCACUGAAAAGGUCGUCUAUGCUUUCUCUCCAAAGAUUGGACGGAAAUUAAGCAAAUCACCUUCUUUGAACAUAUCUGAGCCAAUUUCAGUGACCCUUCCCGCUCGAGUGUCAGAAGUCACCGGUACCGUCUCCAACACAGCAACUCAGAGUGCACCUUCUGCGGCCUGGAACAAAGGCAGUGAAGAAGAUGAUGUAAACAGAUCCCCCACCCAGGUAGUAAAGAUGAAGGCAAAUGAGAGAGAGGCCCAGGAAGAGUGUGAGUCUGAAGCCCGGCCCCUGGGCCAGGUGGCUGCUGCGGAAGUAGACUCGCCAGUCAAGGAAGAGCCUGCUUCAAGCAGUCAGAGUAAGGCGGUACCUUCUGGACAGACUCAGACAGGAGCAGAUACCCAUGACUCCCCUCAGGAGUCCGUUCCUGUCAGUUCAGUCUCUCUUAUCCCACCACCACCGCCUCCGAAAAAUGUUGCCCGCCUGUUGGCACUAGCGUUAGCCGAGUCUGCACAGCAAGCCUCCACUCAGUCAUUGAAGAGGCCAGGGACUUCCCAGGCUGCUUGUACACUUUAUGGAGACCUGGCAGUGGCUGCAGCUGAAGAUCCACUGCCUGCUUCCUACUCUAGCGUUACUCUAGAUAAGGCCUAUUUCCAACCCGAGAGGUCUGCAGAGCACUUCCACCUGCAGAACCAGGUCUCUGGGAACUGUGACCAGCCAGUUCCAGAGACAGCAGCUACUGGGGAGUAUGCCCCUUCCAGUGUCACUGACUCUGGGGAGCAGCCCCACUCGGCAGACUUACCUGGCAGUCAGCUGCAUCGAGUCUAUUUACCUGGGGACCCAGAAAAGGCCAGAGUCACCUCAGUUCCGUCAGCAGACCCUAAACCUGAUGAGCACGGAGGCUUCCCUGAAGACCAGUUUGCGAAGACCGGUGGGCCGACCGUCUCCUUUGUGGAUCAGGAUCAGCCUCAGCUCCAUUUCUACAGUGGAGAUCAGCCUCCUUAUCUUGGUGCAAGUGUGGAAAAGCCCCAUCGCCCUUCAGAACUUGCAGACCAAUCUCCCACAACUUCUCAUUUGCCUCGGGACAAAAUCUACCCUCCUUCUGGGUCCCCUGAAGAGAAUACCAGCACCGCUGCCCUGGCUUACGUGAGCACCGCCCCAGCAGCAGCUGAAGGCAGCUCCAGGGAUGCCAGCUGGGAUGUGGUUGAGCAACCCACCGCUGUGGAGUUUGUUGCCGCCACCCUUCAGCGCGCCCACAGAGCUCACCGUCCCCUUCCCCCGCCUCCUUCCCAGAGACCCUCGGAGCAGCUGGCAGUCUCGGGGCAGGUACAAGCAGCAGCCAGUAUAGGAUUAAACAACCCCCACAAGGUCCAAGGAGUAGUUGCAGCUCCAGAGAGGCCGCCUGAACCCAGAGCCUUGGGUGAUCCUGCACCUGCCCUUGUGGGUGAGGGCGGUGCUGCCGCGCAGUGUCCCGGCCCUGCUCCUGCUCUCCAGCCAGCCCUUCCCGAGAAGGUGCGGGAAGGUGCCAGGGCUCCCCCGCUGCACCUGCGCGCAGAGUCUGUCCCCACGCACUCCCCCUGUGGCUUUCCUAUGCCCGCACCCCCGACCAGGACCAUGGAGAGCCAGCUCACUGCGGCCGCGCACUCCAGCAGCACAGACACUCCCUGCAGCUCUGGUUACCGUCCCUUUGUCCCAGCUUCCUUGGCUUCUGGGGAUGACGUUUUGCCUUUGCCCCUUCCUGUCCCACAACCUAAGCACGCCUCCCAGAAAACGGCAUAUUCCACCUCUGCCAGGCCUGAUGUCACCCCUGAGCCCUUUGGUCCAGAAAACUGUCUGCAUUUCAGUGUGACCCCAAACUGCCAGUACCGGCCCCAGAGUGUGCCCCCGCAUCACAGAAAAGUGGGGCAGCACCAGGCCUACGGCUCCAGGUCGGAGCCGCCAGCCUCCAUGGGUCCCCGUUACAACACAUACGUGGCCCCAGGAAGAAGCGUGUCUGGACACCACGCGAAGCCGUGCAGCCGCCCUGAGUACGUGUCCUCUCUGAGCUCCUCUGUCCGGGCCAGUUGUUACCCCGAAGACAUGCCCCCGUACCCCACCAUCCGCAGGGUGCAGUCUCUCCACGCCCCUCCAUCGUCCAUGAUUCGCUCUGUCCCCAUUUCACGGACAGAGGUGCCCCCAGACGACGAGCCAGCCUACUGCCCGAGACCCCUGUACCAGUAUAAGCCAUAUCAGUCCUCGCAGGCCCGCUCGGAUUAUCACGUAACACAGCUCCAGCCCUACUUUGAGAACGGCCGGGUGCACUACCGCUACAGCCCGUACUCGAGUUCUUCCAGUUCCUACUGCAGCCCAGACGGGGCCCUGUGCGACGUGGACGCCUAUGGCACAGUGCAGCUGAGGCCCCUCCACCGCCUCGCCAGCCGCGACGUGGCUUUCUGCAACCCUAGGCUGCAAGGAAAGAGCUGGUACAGUUACCCCGGUUUGCCUCCACGUCCCCGGGCCAGCGUGACUGGCUAUUUCUCUGCUAACGACCACAACGUUGUCAACAUGCCUCCGGUCGCCGACGUAAAGCACACGUACACCUCGUGGGAUCUGGAGGACAUGGAAAAGUACCGCAUGCAGUCCAUCCGGAGAGAGAGCCGUGCCCGGCAGAAGGUGAAAGGGCCUGUUGUGUCCCAGUAUGACAACAUGAGCCCGGCAGUGCAGGACGACCUGGGAGGGAUCUACGUCAUCCACCUACGGAGUAAAUCAGAUCCUGGGAAAACUGGACUUCUCUCGGUGGCGGAAGGGAAGGAGGGGCGGCACCCAGCCAAGGCCGUCAGUCCCGAGGGAGACGACCGCUUCUAUCGGAAGCACCCCGAGCCAGAGUUCGACAGAGCCCACCACCACGGCGGGUAUGGCAACGGGCCGUCAGAGAAGCCGUCCCUCCCCCAGAAGCAGAGUAGCCUCAGGAACAGGAAGCUGCAUGACAUGGGCUGCAGUCUCCCCCAGCACAGGGUGCACCAGGAAGCAAGCCAUAGGCAAUUAUGUGAAUCGAAAAACGGGCCCCCUUACCCCCAGGGAGGUGGCCAGUUGGACUACGGGCCCAAAGGGAUUCCAGACGCUUCGGAGCCGGUCGGUUACCAUAACUCUGGAGGGAAAUAUAUGACAUCAGGGCAGGAAUCUUUAAGACUGAACCCCAAGGAGGCGAGGCUCUCCAAGGAGCCCGAGAGGCCUCGGGCUCGGCAGCCGCCUGCCCCCGAGACACACUCCCGGGACUGCUACAAGGAAGAGGAACACCUCGCUCAGGCAGUCGUCCCUCCCCCUAAACCAGAGAGGAGCCACAGCCUGAAACUCCACCACACGCAGAGCAUGGAGAGGGACCCCGGCGUGCUGUACCAGUACCAGACGCACGGCAAGCGCCAGAGCAGUGUGACUGCAGUGCCCCAGUAUGAUAACCUGGAGGGCUACCACUCCCCACCCCAGCACCAGCGAGGAGGCUUCGGCGCGGCAGCGGCAGUGGCAGUGGGGACGUACGCGCCCUCCGGCUUUCCCCACCCACAGAACAGGACAUACGCCACGGCUCUGGGUCAGGGCGCCUUCCUGCCCACAGAGCUGUCCUUGCAGCAUCCUGAGACACAGGUCCAUGCAGAAUGAGCCCUGGGAGCAAUAGAGUUGAAGCAGCCUCUGCUGGACAGUGGACUGUUCUAUUUUUUUCAGUAACCAAAAAUUAAAAAAUAAAAUAGAAAGCUACAAAACCCCCAACCACAUUUAAAACAAAAACAAAAACCGUAAUAAGAAAAAGAAAUCACUCUCUUUUCCCCCUUCCCUGCUUCAUCACCACCCCUUCCAUCUACAAACUGUGUCAUUUUUGUUAUUUAAAGAUCUGAGCGAUUGUAAAGCACUGUGUUGAAAACCUAGUAAAGAAAUUUGUUACAGACCGUACUUGCCAUACAGGGCUAAUUUUUAAGAGCCUGAGGACUGCCUUUAACUGAAUUUGAAUUUGACUUUGUCCUUUUAGUAUUUGCUGAAUACUUCAGAGCAGCUGAGAGCCACGUCCCAGGAGGUCUCUGGGUGUCUGUUGUGUUCCUACUCGAUUUCUCAAUAGCCAUGAACCUCGCCCAGAGUGACUCUCGUUUUUCUCAUUUCAUUCCCCCUGUCUUAGAAGGGGCUGUGUAUUAAAUUAGAGGGUAGAAAAAAAUAACUUUCUUCCAGAUCCUUCAGAUAAGUCUAUUGGACAUAGAGCAAAUUAUACCCCCCCCCCCAAAAAAAAGGAACAGCCUCAUUUCACUGCAGAGGGAUUUUUAAGUUAGGAUUGAAGAAAAUUCUUAGAUGGAAGUCUAACUGACCUUUGUUAUCUGGCACCAGAAAACGACCUCAGUGCUCCUGAGCUGUUGCCUACCUUCAUUUCUUUUUUCUUUUUUUUUUUUCUCAGUAAUAUUUAGUAAAUUGUGAUCCUGGUGAAAUGUUUCACACCAUUUGUUUUCCUAAAGCAACUGUUUUUUUUCAUUUAAAAACAAAAACCAGCAUGGUUUGCCUGGAUAAAGACACGGAAUUUAUCAUGACUACAAAUUUACAUGUUAAUUUGUUUCUAAAUCAGGUUUCCCAUGACUCUUUCAAGUAGCUACAUCCAUUAGUAAACUGAGCGUUCCCACAGUGACCACUUAGCACAGCCGGUUUCACCCGCUGGCAUUCUGGGCAGCGACCAUAAGUGUUCGCUGGAACGGAUGCUGUCCGCAUUCUAAGGAGUUAAUGUGCUGUUUCUUUCCUCUGUCCGAGUGCGAUCACAGUCUUACUGUAAUUGCCAUCUACACCAGCAUUUCAGGUAUAGUUCUUGUAACGCUGUAGACAUGUUCCACAUGUUUGAUACCAAGGACUUUCUUUUGAAAGUUGCAUAUUCCAUUUUCUCAACCCACCCCACCAUGUCCACCAGCCUAGAAGGCAGUCCUAUAUUUACAGAACGAGGUGAGAUUGUCAUGUCAUUCCAUAACUCUUAAUAAUACUUGAUUUUUUAUACAUUCACAUGUUUUAAAUGCUCGGUUUGUAGAAGAUCCUAGGGGAAUUUCAUUCCAUUUACUUGAUGGUUGCUGCUCUGGCUUUUUAAAACUUGGAAUUAACUUUUAUUUAGAGCAAAGGAAAAUCUUUUAAGAGGCUAAAUUCAUGCUGCUAUUAUUGCUGUGAAAUUGUAUAAAGCUUAGGGUUUGUGCCAGUUUUUUUAACCUAAAAAGAAAAUCAUGUGAUUGCAUUUUAAGGGUUUCUAUUUAGAAAAAUAAAGUUUUAAGAGCAACAUAUUUACUUAUAUGUGGAAAUACGCUAUAAGAUUUUUCUUUCAUUCCCCCAGAAUUGCUCAGAGAGAUUCAGUAAAGGUCAUGGUCGAAAUCCUGAAAUGGAAAAGGCCUGUGGAAAUUCAGGCCUCUAGAUUCAAAGUGCAGACCGGCCUGGCUUUUGGUCCCAAUGUCAGGAAAGCUAGGAUAGGAUGCUUCCAUUUCGCACCCGCACAUCAGGGGCUUUGUGCAGGAGUUUGCUCUUUGGUGAGUAUGCAGCACUCAUUUUUUUUAAGGCAUACCACCUUUUUGUCAGUAGGCAACCCAUUGCCCCUUUGAGAUUAAGCUCUCACCCCCAGCACGGAGAUUAGAAGGGAGCAAGUGUGCCCCGGAGGCAGAGAUGGCUUUAGGAACUGGGAGCCCAGAAGGAUGUGGCUGAAGUCUGUCCAGUUUUAGUAUUUGUGGAUGUGUCACACACAUUGUUUCCUUUUGAAACUAAAGUCUGUUUUAUAAAUACUAAGGUGAAUUCCUUAAAGCAGUUACUUUAUGAAUGUCCUGUGGGUUUGGAAAUAGCAGGUACAUAUUUUGAAUACAGGAUAAUGACUCACAUUCCUGGUAUAUGUGUGAAACACAAACUGUAGGUAAAAUAUGGAGUUGUUUCACUUAGCGUAGCUACAGCCUUAACUUGGGGUUCAGUUAUUUGCCUGUAUCCUUCCCUCUCUGAUCUUGUGAGGAGACAGUGGAUGGCAGGUCAUCGUGAGCCAGGUUAGCUCAGCAUGGUUCACCUUGUGUGUGACUUCACAGAUCCAGUGACUAAGUGUCAUUGCUUUUAAAUUUUGACAGAGCGUUACGAUCAAGGAAAUGGAGCUGCCUUAUACAUUAAGCCCAGAAUUUAAUUCUGUUGGUAUUUUCACAGCCACGUCUCCAGGUUUUAUCUUUUUGGCAAACUUCUGAUACCGCAAUUGGUUGGAUUGAAAUAAAUAUCCCCUGGAUGUCUGACCAGAGAUUUUGCUGACAGCCCCAGCGGUGCCAUCCUCUUUGAGUAAAUUUCAUCUAAGCCUUAUUGCGUACUCUAUUCAGUUUCCUUCUAAACACGCAAGCCCUGGGAUGUCCCCAAGGAUGAGGCCUGCACAUUUUUUUAUAAGGGGAAAGAAAGCAUUUUUAAAAGUCAGGGUCAGGCUGAAAUAUACUAGGACUAAUUCUGUGAAGAAGAGGGACCCUUCAUGUGAGUGGGGAUAGAAGGGUAGGUUAUUGCCACAUCCGAAGCAGCAGUAGAUGCACACAGUGUAAAUUUGAAAUCUGCCCUUUAGUUUACAAAGGAGCCUGCCAAGUCCAUAUACCUGUUCCCAGCCCUUUCAGUCGCCCAGUCAAUACGCUGGCAAAGUAUCGUCUGAACAGUGUGUGUAAGGAAUGAUGAUGAAAGCAAAAGUAUGUCAGAAAGUUACUUCCAAAUGGUUAGAGGCAUGUGAUUGUUCGUGCCGUGUGUUCCAGCCAUGUCAGGAAUGGUAUGUUUUAACUGUGCGCAAGCGAAUGUCCGUGCGCACAGCGGGUCUUUUUCCUUUUUUGAUUAGUACUAUUAGUGCUCCAAGAAUAAAAAUGGUUGUUUUACAGUUUAGAUUCUAAGGUAGCAAAAUCUGAUUUUUCAACCAUGACCUGCAUGAAGAGAAGCAUCCUAGGAAGUCUUAGAUCAUACUUCUGAGUUCUUAACUUUAAUUUAUAUAGUGUUUUUUAUGUUUUAAUAUUUUUGUGAACUGGUGUAAAUUGUUAAUGCAUAUAAGCUUGUGUAUUUUUGUAAAUAGUUUGUGAUUUAUUUCUUGCCCCAUAUGUAAAUAUUUAGAGUCUCAUUUCUUCAAAACUUAUUUGAAGCUGAAUUGUGGGUUUGGGUUUUGUUUGUUUGUUCCUUUGUUUGUUUUGGUUGGGGUGGGGGGAGAGAAGGGAUUUUUGUACUCUGAUAAUCCAGAUGGAGAUAUCUUGUGGUUUAAAGCCAAUGUCCCACUGACAGCAAUUCAAAUACCAACAAAACUAUUUCAGGUUAAAACAGA